GCGAUGAACAGCUGAUCCCCGCAGUGGAUACACCCUGAGUCAUGCUUUAUGGUCCCUAUCAUCGCUGCGCGGCACUAUGUGAAUAGUUUUAUUGGAGAAGUAGAGAAUAACUUUGAGGAAAGUAGUAGAAGUUUAUUUUGGAGCGUGUUUCUGGACCUCGGAGCGACGCUUCAUCAUGUUGGUGUCUCUGCUGCUGUUCUCCUUCUCUCUGGUCCUCUGCUACCUGCCGCAAGCCUCAAGCCAGAAGCCGGGCUCCAGGUGGCUGAUCGGGGACAGGGACAGUCACUGUGGGGUGAUCUGCUCGCGGACGCAGGGGAAGCCGGUGUGCGGCUCGGACGGGCGGAGCUACGAGACGGGCUGCGAGCUGCAGAGAGCGCGCUGCAAAGAUAAAACUCUGGCACUUGCACACCGAGGCCGCUGUCGAGGUAAAAACUGGGUUAAAAACGAUCAGUUGCCGGUGGCUCCAUCACCGACUUCUUCAUCUGAGACGAGAGACGUGGAGGUCAAAGAUGCGGGUCAGUCCAAGUGUCGCGUUGAGAGGAACCAGGCUCUUGAACAAUCCCGGAGACCUCAGGAGUCCAUUUUUAUCCCAGAAUGCAACGAGGACGGGACGUUUGCACAGGUCCAGUGCCAUACUCUGACAGGUUACUGCUGGUGUGUCACCAGUGAUGGAAAGCCAGUGAGUGGCUCCUCUGCCCACAACAGGACCCCGGUGUGUUCAGGGUCAGUAACCGACAGACCACCGGGGCCGCCGCACUCUGGUAGAAAAGUCUCUUUCCGUUUCUUUCUCACUCUCAACCCAGAUGAUGGCUCCAAGCCCACGCCCACCAUGGAGACCCACGUCCCCCCCGAGGGUGACGAGAUAACUGCUCCAACGCUGUGGAUAAAACAGCUGGGUUAUAAGGAGAAUAAACAGAACAGCUCCAGCUCCAAGAGACAAGAGAAAGUUCCCUCUUGUGACCAGGAGCGAGAGAGCGCGCUGGACGAGGCUCGGCAGAAUCCUCGAGAGGCCAUUUUCAUCCCGGACUGUGGCCCCGGGGGUAUUUACAAAGCGGUCCAGUGCCACCAGUCCACGGGCUACUGCUGGUGCGUUCUGGUGGACACGGGCCGGCCCAUCCCUGGAACAUCCACCAGCCAUGUUCCCGCUGUCCUCUCCUCUCUGUGUAACAGGUACCAGACGCCAGAGUGUGACGGCACGGCCCGCUCUCACGUCUCAGACACUGAAGACCCCUUCCUGGUCAAAGACCUGCCAGGCUGCCCAGAGGGGAAGAAAGUGGAAUUCAUUACAAGCUUGUUAGAUGCCCUCACCACAGACAUGGUGCAAGCCAUAAACUCACCGGCCCCCUCUGGUGGUGGGAGGUUUGUGGAGCCGGACCCCAGCCAGACUCUGGAGGAGCGGGUGGUGCACUGGUACUUCGCCCAGCUGGACAACAACGGCAGCCAGGACAUCAACAAGAAGGAGAUGAAGCCCUUUAAGCGGUACCUGAAGAAGAAAGCCAAACCCAAGAAGUGCGCCCGCAAGUUCACCGACUACUGCGACCUGAACAAGGACCGGGCCAUCUCCCUGUCGGAGCUGAAGGGCUGCCUGGGCGUCAGCAAGGAGGGAAGCUCAACGACAAGCAGCAGCCAAGGGUCGAGGCAAGGGACCAAACUGUCCAUAGGUCGUCUGGUGUGAGCAGAGGAGGAUCCCAGAGCUGAGACGAGAGCAGAGGGCACAGAGGGAAGGCAUCUGUACGCUUGCUGACAGGAAAGAGCAAGAUGGAGCAGAAAAAUGUGCAAGUUCCAGAAAAACACAAGAAAAAAAACAAGCGGCGCCAAAAUAUUUGCACUUUCUCCUCCCUAUGUUUGACAUGUUUCUGUGUACGUGUUGUUUUUCUCUGGAAGUGACUGAAAAAGGCCGAGGUAAGAAUGAGGAUAUAUUUGUGAAAAGAAGACCACUGGAGGAUGUUUCCACGUUUCCCCUCGUGUUUAGUCUGCCUCACAACAGGCACAUUUUGUGGCUAUUAAAUUUACAUUCCCCCGUUACAUAUAGGAGCCCAGCGGUAACUCGCAGUGAGUCAGAAUGAUGCUCGACACUCAGAAGGAGGAGCUAAGAUCAUGUAGAACAAUUCAGAGGAAUGUUGUGUGUGAGCAUUAAUGAGUAUGACUAUUAAACUGUGACCAUGAAGUCUAGUGUGUCAGCACAGAGAAAGCUGUCUGAAUCCCCUUGCACUGUACAGAUAAAUUAACAUUUUGGCAAAUGUGUUUUUGCUCAGUUUAUAUCUGUGUCGGGAAAAGUUAGCUGAAAGAAUUAUAAUCUUGGAACGCAGUCAGUAAAGGUGUACUUCUUGUGCAGGCAGAAAGCAAUGCAUGUGGUGUGUAAUCCACAUGUCGGUGUGUUGUCUGCACAAAAUGCCUCGAGGACUUCAUUGCUUUUGUACUUGUGUAUAAAGUCUGGGCGAUUGAGAAAUAGGCUUUUUAGAGUAGCUGGUUUUAUUGAUGCAACUUCUCUACCGUCCCUCUAAAAGUUCAUAUUCAAUUCAGUUCAUCAAAUACAAAAUGUGUUAUUAAUACUAAUAGUUCAAACCAUCAUGAAAAAGAUGACUAAAAAUCUGAUUUGUCAACAAGGUGUUUUUGUUCAGUACCUAUCGCUCAAUGAAAUAACUUCAUUAAUAACUUACCACACAUAGACUUGAAGGUGUUAGUGCAACCAGAUCAGUGUGUAACCAGCAUGUUGUCUGCAAAGAACGCCUUUGUUAUUUUUGUACUUUUGUAUAAAGUUUGUGCUAACAAGAAAUAGUCUUUCUACAGUAGCUGGUGUUAAAGGAUGUCCGGAUACACAUCACUGUCCUACUGUCUCUAUUUGUAUAGGAAUAAAAUACAAUACAAUCAUAAAUCAGGCAAUCAGAGAGCACGUUGUGAAGUGUGUUAUUAAUAUUAACAAUCGUAUUAAUUAAGAUGGCUUUAAGUUAAAACCACAAUGAAGGAAAUUGAUUUAAACAUGUUUGUUUUUGUUCAUCACAGUCUGUUGCAAAGAUGUAAGCACUUCAUUUCUUACCACACAGAUACAUGAAGUACUUGUGUGCAACCAGAAAGCAAUGCAGGACCAUUAUGUUGUAUGUUAUUAGCAUGUUGUCUGCACAGAUGCAUCAAGGGCUUCUUUGUUUUUGUACUUUUGUAUAAAGUUAGAUCAACACUCUCCAUUACAUCACUGCUCUACUGUCUAUAAAGGUCAUGUCCAUCAGGUUCCCACAUGCAUCCAAUAAACAGCUCAUUUGUAAAAUGUGUUAUUAAUAAUAAAAUAAUAUCGACUAAUGCAGCUUUAAGGUCAAACCACAAUGAAGGAAAUUGGUUUUCACAUAUGUUGUCACUGUUAUUGUAACUUUGUGUAGUUCCAAUGUGGCUACUUUUAUUAGUUAAUGUGCAUUUUCUACACAAUCAAACCUGACUAUUUUAAAUGUGUUAGUGGUGGAUUCUGCAUGUCUCGUUUGUUUUAUCAUCUGACUCCGUCUUCCCAUUACAAAUCGCAACAACGUCAACAAACCGCAGACCCCCUGGUGGGGAUUAGAUUUUCCAAAACAGGUUACGAUGCAGAGACUUUUUCUUUUAAGUACCGGGAAAAAUGAGGUGUUUCAGAUGACUAACCCCAGACAGUAAAUGUAGUAAGAUGUUUACACGUCUCAGUGUCCCGUUAAUAUCUGCCGUCAUGUUCUCCCGUUAUUGUAAACAAGAUGUGGCCUUUACUAAAAGCCCGGUCCUAAAAAUAAAUAUUUGAGUGUCCCAAGAAACACCGGAGUAUAUUUUGUGUAUGUAAGCUCAUGUAUUGUCUGUGUAAAACAUACUUAGAUGUGCCACCCCAGAGCGUCUGAAGAAGAGGGAAAAGACAGAGGAAGAAAUGAAAGUAAAUAAAUAACCUUAUAAACAUGUUUUGGAAUGUAAAUAAAAAAAUCUUCCUCACA